GUGAUCGAUGACUACAGUGGGAAGGCCUACUACUGGCAGCCUUCCACGGGGCGUACGAGCUGGGUAGCGCCAGAAACCACUCGCGCAGAGCCGUCGUCUCACAGAGAGACAAAAGCCCAGGCACAGAAGAGGAAGCGGGAGAAUCGCCGAAAAAAGGGGAACCCCUCAACCCUCACAAGGGAGCGAAUCACGUUGAAGUACUUGGGGAAGCUGAACCUGAAGGACCAGCAGAUAGGGGGACUUCAGGCCCUCCUUGCCAACUCGGUCACCAUGGGCCAAAUCCGGGAUGCUGAGCGCGACAAGGCGCAGGAGAACAAGGGCGGGAAAGGGGAGGAGCGGGAUCAGCUGGCAGAGAAGCUUCGCAAGAUGGAGAGCUCCAUGCUCAAGAUCCAGAUGGAGCUGGAG